AUGUCUGUCCCUCCCAAGCCCCUUCACCCUGAGGUUCUCUACGCCGAGCGCUCGUCGGCCACCGAGCCCGAGAAGAACAUCAUCUACUUGACCUUUAACGUUCCCAACAUCCAGGGAGAGCCCAAUCUCGAUAUCACUGAGGACCAGAUCUCGUUCUCCGCCUCGUCGGGCAACCCUGACAAGGGUAUUCCCGUGAAGGAGUGGGGCUGCGACCUUGACCUCUACACCAAGAUUAUCCCCGCCGAGACCAAGAAGCAGUUCAACUCACGUCACCUCAUGCUCGUGCUCCGCAAGAAGGAGCCCCAGGCCGAAUACUGGCCGCGCCUGACCAAGGAGAAGCCGAACCGUAACUGGAUCAAGACCGACUUCUCCAAGUGGGUCGACGAGGACGAGCAGGACGGCGAUGAGCCCGACAUGGGCGACAUGUCUGGUAUGGGCGGCAUGCCCGGUAUGGGCGGCAUGGGCGGCAUGCCUGGUAUGGGUGGCAUGGGCGGCAUGCCUGGUAUGGGUGGCAUGGGCGGCAUGCCUGGUAUGGGCGGACCUGGCGGCAUGGACAUGGCCAGCCUCCUUGGCGGGAUGGGCGGCGGUGCUGGCGGCGCUGGCGGUAUGGACUUUGCCAAGAUGAUGGAGCAGAUGGGUGGCGCCGGCGGCAUGCCUGACAUGUCUCAGUUCGGUGAGGGUGACGACGACCUCGACGAGGUUGACGAUGCCCCCACGGCCGGUGACAAGCAGAAGGCAGAUGCGGCGGUCGAGGAUGUUGAGUAA